GAGAUCAGCAAAAUCUCGAAGCAGAAGUCCAUAUUCAUCAAGGCACUCAAGGUCUCGUAGCAGACACAGGUUGUCUAGAUCCAGAAGUCGUCAUUCAAGUAUUUCUCCUAGUACAUUGACUCUGAAGAGUAGCCUGGCUGCUGAACUGAACAAAAACAAAAAAGCAAGAGCUGCUGAGGCAGCCAAAGCUAGUGCAAAAGCUUCCAAUACUUCAACACCUACUAAGGGAAGCACUGACACUGCUGUAAGUGCGCCUCAAGUGAACAAUGUAAAGGACCUGAAGAAAAUAAAAACUGAGCAUACGCCUUCUCCUACAAGCAGCGCAAAUUUGAAAAAUGACAAGGCAAAGGCAAAAGUCUCGCUUCCUGAAACAAAAGGAGAAAAUAAUUUAAUUGCAGACAAAAUUACUAAGCAGAAACCCACAGCAGUAAAAGAGAAUAAAUUAACUGUUGUAAAACAGCCACCAGUCACUGUAAAAGAGAAAAGCAAACCAAGUACACCAAGUGUAGUAACCAAGGACAAGGAUCGAAUUGUUGCACUACCAACCUCCACACUGCCACCCUUGCCUUUGCCUCCCACGCUGCCUGAAGAUAAAGAAACUGAUAGUUUGCGAGAGAAUCUUUCCGUGAAGUCAGUUAAAGAAGCAGAGAAGAAACUUCGCCAUCUGCUUGCAGACUUGCCACUUCCACCUGAGUUGCCAGGAGGAGCUGACUUAUCCAAAAGUCCUGAAGAAAAGAAACCAGCAGUUCAGUUACACAGCAAGAGAAGACCAAAAAUAUGUGGACCACGACAUGGUGAAACAAAAGAAAAAGAAAUAGAUUGGGGAAAGCGCUGUGUGGAUAAAUUUGAUAUCAUUGGUAUUAUUGGUGAAGGCACUUAUGGGCAAGUUUACAAAGCUAGGGAUAAAGACACAGGGGAAAUGGUGGCACUAAAGAAAGUACGUCUGGAUAAUGAAAAGGAAGGGUUUCCAAUUACAGCUAUUCGGGAGAUUAAGAUUCUGCGACAGCUUAAUCACCAAAGUAUUAUCAACAUGAAGGAAAUAGUGACAGAUAAGGAAGAUGCUUUGGACUUCAAGAAGGACAAAGGUGCAUUUUACCUGGUAUUCGAAUAUAUGGACCAUGACUUGAUGGGACUGCUGGAAUCUGGUUUGGUUCAUUUUAAUGAAAACCAUAUUAAAUCAUUUAUGAGACAGCUGAUGGAGGGCUUGGCCUAUUGCCAUAAGAAGAACUUUUUGCACAGGGAUAUCAAAUGUUCAAAUAUUCUACUAAAUAAUAGAGGGCAGAUAAAGCUUGCAGAUUUUGGGCUUGCUCGGCUGUACAACUCAGAAGAAAGCCGACCAUAUACCAACAAAGUUAUUACAUUAUGGUAUCGGCCUCCUGAACUUCUGCUUGGAGAAGAAAGAUACACGCCAGCUAUCGAUGUCUGGAGCUGUGGCUGCAUCCUGGGGGAACUUUUUACAAAAAAACCAAUAUUUCAAGCAAAUCAAGAACUUGCUCAACUGGAACUUAUAAGCCGAAUUUGUGGGAGUCCUUGUCCAGCAGUGUGGCCUGAUGUUAUAAAAUUAGCUUAUUUCAACACAAUGAAACCAAAGAAGCAGUACCGUCGAAAACUGAGAGAAGAGUUUGCUUUCAUCCCACCAGCUGCAUUAGAUUUAUUCGAUUAUAUGCUUGCUCUGGAUCCCAGCAAGCGCUGCACAGCCGAACAAGCUCUUCAGUGCGAGUUUCUGCGAGACGUGGAACCGUCUAAAAUGCCUCCUCCAGACCUUCCUUUGUGGCAAGAUUGCCAUGAGCUGUGGAGUAAGAAACGCAGAAGACAGAAGCAGAUGGGCAUGACUGAUGACUCAACAGCAACUAAAGUCCCUAGGAAGGAUCUGUCUCUAGGCAUGGAUGAGAGCAGAACCAACACCCCACAAGGCAUGCAAACUUCUUCCCAACUCAAAACUCAGGGCAACUCUAGUGUAGCACUUGCAAAAACAAGCACUGGACAGCAGUUAAACCAGAAUGAAGUGGCAAUCCUGCUAAACCUGCUACAGUCUAAAACAAGUGUUAGUUUGGCACAGUUUGCCCAAGUGUUGAAUAUUAAGGUAAACCCAGAGACUCAGCAGCAACUAAAUAAAAUAAAUCUUCCUGCUGGAAUUUUGUCAGCAGGUGAAAAACAGUCAGAACAGCAGCAGCAGCCGCCACCGCCUCCACCACCACCACCGGAACAGGAGCCUCUAAAACAGCCGACCGUCACGCAGCCUCCUGUACCACCUGCUCAACUGAGUCAGCCUAAAGUUGAGACUGAUGCUGCCCAGGCAGCUGUACAGAGUCAAGAGGAUUUGGUUAGGCAGUCUGAGAUGAGGCUUCUAAACAGAACACCCGAACAAGAACGCCCUCGGAUCUUGCCUCCAGACCAGCGUCCCCCAGAACCACCGGAGCCUCCACCUCUCACUGAUGAAGACCUUGAUUAUCGGACAGAGAACCAGCAUUUGCCUAUAACUAACUCUUCAGGAGCAGAUCCUCACGCAGGAGUGAAAGCAGCUCUUCUGCAGCUGCUUGCUCAGCAUCAAGCUCAGGCGACAACGGAGGAGCCAGUACAAGCGAGUGUGGAUUACCAGGCUAGAGACUCCUACGUAACAGGCCCAGACUACAAGGAUAGCUUUGGAUCAUCUUCCUUCUCAUCCGCCCAUUAUGGCGGUAGCGAUGGAAUAGGAAGUGGAUCAUCAGGAGCAUUAGAAAGGAGGAGCUUCCUUGGAAACUCCGAUAUUCAGUCUUUGGAUAACUACAGUACUGCUUCAUCUCACUCUGGUGGUGGCCCUCCUCCGUCGGCCUUUUCAGAAUCCUUUCCCAGCUCAGUAACUAGUUAUGGAGACAUUUACCUCAACACUGGCCCCAUGCUAUUUAGUGGAGAUAAAGACCAUAGGUUUGAAUACAGCCAGGGCCCAAUUCCGGUUCUGGGGAGCAGCAGUGAUGCUUCUGCAGGGCCAGAGAGUACGCACUCUUUGCCCACGAAGAUGCACAACUAUAACUACGGAAGUAACUUACAGGAAAAUCCCAGUGGCAUCAGCCACAUGCAUGGACAGACUUGGACUUCUCCUGCCCAAGGACCUGGCUAUUCCCAAGGAUACAGGGGACACAUUAGCACAUCUGCAUUGAAAAUCCUGGUUUGUAUAUGGCUAACCUACCACAUUGUAGAGCAUGGAGAAACUCACUUCUCUAACAACGUAGUGUUUGAGGAUCUGGCAGAUGAGAAAUGGAGAGAGAGUCAUGCUGCUUACGAUGUCCCUCCCUGCUCUCGGCAGGACGACGCUGCGGCUGCUGCCUCCUCCAUGUCCUUCUGGCUCACGGGGGUUCGUGCAGGGCUGAUGCCCGUUCACACUCCGAGGAGGAGGAGGUCAGAGGGGCAGGGUACGGCCUGGGAGUGCUCAGAGACGUGGUGGCACAGUGGCAUCCUCCUGCCUUGCAAAGAGGUUGGUUUUGAUCUGAGUUUCCUUUGUGGAGUCAUGGUAUCUGCAGCGUUUGGAUCCAAGACCCGGGUGCACAUCCAUUCGUUCCCAGUCGGAAGCAUCGUUCGCCUCCUGGAAUAG